AUGAUUUUUUGCCUCCUUGUUUGUUUUACACAUGCAGCUAUUAUCAAGAAAUCUUUGAAAGGUCAUCCAAAUUAAUUACUAGCUCAUAGAAUUAUAUAACAAGUAUUUAGCAAUUGAUUUUGAUUUUGAAAGUGGGUCUGCUAUAGGAUUAUUAAAAGAAAAGAAUAAUAUGUUUUAUCAAUUAGUCUACUAAAAAGGGUUCAACGAGUAAACAAUCACAAAAGACAUCAUCUUCUUGAUUUGGCUUUAAGUAGGUCCUGGUUGUUCAUCACAGAGUGCAUUUUAUGAAUUGAAUGGUCUAUUCCACAUUGAAAAAUCUGAUGCUGACUUUACAAUUCGAAAAAAAGAUAAUAGUUGGCUUCGAUUUUAUUCGUUGAUCGACCUUUUGAACUGGAUUUAGCUAAGGGGAUAUAUCAAUUAAUUCAACAUUGCAAGCUUCAGGUUAUUUUGUAGAAUUUAUGGUUGAAUUCUUCAAGGUUCCUCCCGAAUUCCAAUUGGCUUAAACUUACCUUACUGGAUUCAGUUACCCAGGUCACUUUGCUCCUCUAUUUUCGAAUAGUUUGCUUAAUAGUGACAUCAAGUUUAGUUAUAAAGGAUUUAUAAUUGAAAAUGGAUUAUAAAGUAUGCUACAUUGAACUUCGUCAAUAUCCUCAUACUUAUAUGUGAAUGGAUAUAUAAGUGAUGAAUUUAAGCAAAUUACUAAGAAAGAUGAAUAACUUUUAUAAUCGAUGAUAUUAAAGUAGUAGGAUAAAUUAGCUGGAUCAGCAUUUACAUCCUACUUUAAUAAAUUAGAAAAUUUUGCAAAAAUUGAUGUAUCAAAUAUCCUGCAAACAAGAAGAAAUAAGAUCAAAUGAGUGGAUAAAUUUUAUGAGUAAAUAUAAAGAUUAAUUUGGAAUUACAAAUACCAUUACUUAAGUUUGUAAUUAAUAAGUAAAGUAGCAAAUGAACCUGAUUUCUCUUUUGAUUUGACAAAAAUUAUUGAAGACUUACUAAACAAAGGAGCAGUCCUUUUCUACAAUGGUUAGAUGAAUGCAAGCAUUAAUCCAGCUGGAACACAAAAUUGGUUAUCGACCUUCAAGUCAGAUAAAUUAUAUUAAUGGAAAUCAGCACAAAAAUCUAUUUUUAAAAAGUAAUGGAAGAACAGUAGGCAAUUUUAAUAAAACAGAGAAAUUUACUAUAGUAACAAUUUACAAUGCCGGCCAUGCUGCUGUUUUUGAUUAACCAUAAGUUUUAUAUGAAAUGAUUAAUCAUCAUCUUAAUAAAGAUGAAUUUUGGAAUUGAUUUUGUAUAUAUUUUGAAAAAUAUCAGAUAUUAUUUUACCAAUAUAGACAAGGCAUUGUUCCAAAAUUGAAAAUCAAAAAUAAUCAAUGACUCCAUAUUUUAUCAUCUUUAACUAAUAUUAGUUAUAAAAUAUUUAUGAAAGCAAUUUAUUAAUUUUCCACAAUUAAGCCUUAAUAGUUCUGGCCCUAGUGGAGUUGGCAAAGUACACCAUUAUUUUAUUAAAGGGAUCAUUAGUCACCAGAUUGCUAUAAAAUAGCCAAAACUUUGUUUACAGUGUGAGUCUGACUACUAGAAAACCAAGACCUAAUGAGAAGAAUGGUGUCAAUUAUUAUUUUGUAAAUAAAGAUGUUUUUGACGAAAAUAUCAAGAACAAUGAGUUUUUAGAGUUUUGUGAAGUUCAUGGAAAUCUAUAUGGCGCAGCAAAACAUCAAAUAAACAAUAUCAUAAAAUAAAAUAAAAUACCUCUCAUAGAAAUAGAUGUUUAAGGAGCUGAAAAAAUAAAUAAAUAAUUGAAUAACUAAUGCGAGAACAUAUUUGUAUUACCACCAUCUAUCAGCAUUCUAAGAAAAAGAUUAAUUGGAAGAUAGACUGAAACAUCUGACGUUGUAGAGAAGAGAAUCAAAAACGCAGAAACUGAAAUUGAAAAAGCGAAAUCUUUUUAAAUUUAUCAUUUCAUUGUUAAUGAUAAUUUUGAAACGUGUUAUUAAGAGCUUUUUGAGUUUGUAAACAAAAAAUAUUAAAACCUCUUAUUAUUAUCAAUAAAUUAUUCAUGA